CAGAUCCUGACUUUUCAAACGGUCUUCCUUUAUCCCAUGAUGGCUGGGGACACAGAUAAUGGGGAGACCGAGAUCGCACUCUCCAUCGAGGACACAAACGCCCUCCGCAUCAAACUUGGACUGAAGCCGCUAACAGAAGGAAAUAAGACGGCCAAACAAGAAGAGGCGGAGGAAAAUUAUGUAAAGCAUAAGGAAGAACUGGCGAAGGCUGCUCAGCGGAAGGCCCUCAUUGAUCGUGUGUCGAAGGAGACGGAAAAAGCUAAAAGAAAUCGUCAGCUGGAAGGGAAAACCCUGGGGGAGGCCUCCGACGAAGAUGAUUCGACCGCUGACUCGCUGGAAUGGGUGCGAAAACAGAAAGAAAGGGAGGAGAAACAGAAAGCCAAGGCUAAACGAAAGCAGUUGGAGUUAGCUAAGAAGAAAGCUUCCGAAUUGAUGGAAAUGGAUGAAGCGGCUACGAGCAGUUACACUCCGUCUCACUUAAAAGGGCUAAGAGUUGAUCAUUCACUGGAGGAUAUUGCAGGGGGAGGGGAAACCAUUCUAACAUUGAAAGAUGCAACUAUCAUGGAAAAUGAAGAAGAAGGGGAUAUUCUUCACAAUGUGAAUAUCGCUGACAUGGAACGGAAUCGUAAAAAUCUGGAGAAUAAGAAGAAAAAGCCGGGCUAUAACCUGUAUGACGAUGAAGAAUUCAACGCUCCUGGGGAGAAACGCAAUCUUCUGUCGCAGUACGAUGAGGAACUUGACGGUCCUAAAAGAAAUGGCUUUGUCAUCAGCGAAGAAGGAACGGUGGAUCUUGACCAAAAACGAAAGGAAGUAUCAGAAAAACUGCGAACAAAUGCGGUAUCUCUUAGCUAUGAAAAGACUCAGGAAAUCAAAGACUAUUACACGCAAGAGGAAAUGGUGAGCUUCAAAAAGCCAAAGAAGAAGAAGAAGGUCCGACGUGAGAGAAAACAGCUUGAUUUCGAUGCUCUUGAUGAGGAGGCUCCUAUUCAUGAAACUGUGGUGCGCGACCAUGGCUCACGGCGAAGAGGUCGUACUCAAGAGGAUGAUAGAAUGGAUAUUGAUGAAGUACCGAGAUCUAGUCGGGAUGCACCACAGCACUCAGAGCAAAUGGACUACGAACUUAGUAAUCGAAAUGCCAAUAUUGAAGAUGUGAAUUUUGUCGACGACGAUGACCUACAGUCUGCCUUGGCACGUGCACGGAGGCUCCAAGCUCAAAAGCGAAGCAAAUCGGAUGUUGAAGAAAUUGCAAAAGCCGCGCGUGAGAUCAAAGAAGAUGAUACCGUGGAGGAAGGUGCCGUAGUUCUGUCUGCCACGUCGGAAUUUGUUCGGAAUCUAGCCACAGCGCCUGUUGUGAAAGCCACGGAACCAGCACGAACCAACCGGCCAGCGCUCCCGAAGGAGGACUUGGAAGAAGAGCCAGCAAAUACGAUGGAGGUUGAUGAUGAGGAUCAAGAAGAGAAAGGAGGAUGGGACCAUGAACGAGAACGGUCUACGAAGAGUCUGGACAGCAGCGUGGAGGAUGUAAUGGAACAGGAUGAUGGGGACCGGCUGCCGGCGCCCAUCGAGGAAGAACCAUUGGUGGCUUCUGGGCUCGCAGCGACUGUCGCUCUUUUGAGUCAAAAGGGUUUUGUAGAGAAAGCAAGCGCUGAAGUGCUCGAAAGAGAGAGAAAGCAAUCUGAAAAACGAGCAUGGUUGGCAGAGCAGAGAAAGCGAGACCUCCUCAGAGAAAUUCAAAAGGAAAAGGAGAAAGAACGCAACAAGGAGCGCAACAAAGCACGAGGUGGUGGCGAUCGCGACCGUGACUGGUAUCGUGAGGAACAAGAGGCGCGGUACGCCGAGCGAGAACGAGCCAGAGAAGUGGAGGAGCGAUUUAGACACUACAUUCCCGAUGUAAACCUAGAUUAUCAUGACGAGUAUGGACGAAAGUUGAAUGCCAAGGAGGCCUUCCGACAGUUGAGUCACAAAUUCCACGGCAAAGCGUCAGGCAAAAUGAAGACGGAGAAACGGCUGAAGAAGAUUGAGGAUGAGCUCAAGAUGGAGAAGAUGAGUAGUACUGAUACCCCGCUUGGAACCGCGAAUGCAUUACUGGAGCGAACAAAAGCAGCCGGGGCGGCGCAUGUUGUGCUCAGCGUUGGAAAUCGAGGUGUUUUGCCAGCUGAUGUAGCCCUUGCGGAAGCCAAACCUGCCAAACCCGCCCGCCAAGCUCGAGCAAACGUCACCACCACCACAGUCGUCGAUACGGAUCGAAAUGUUAACACUUACAACCGAGAGAAAGUUACCUUCGGUUUGGGUGCGGGUACAUCAUCAGGCGCGAGUAAGCGCAAGCAAUCAUCGGAUGAUGGUCCGGUAUCAAAGCGGUUUAAAGAGGAGGAGUAAUAAUAUAAGCAUGUAAAUAUUGUUGAAUAGCCAUCAGCCUGAAUCGUAGCGUAGCGUUGCGUUUUACCCCAUUGAUGGUGCAGAGCUCAGAUGCAUCACGCAUACAGUUUUGUGAACGUCAAGCAUCCGUUCCGCGAAAAUAGUCGUGCAAUUGAAUACCGUAUACGGAUGUAGUGUUAACUGAACACUACAAAGUUAUUGUCACCAACG